CUUCGAAUAACUAACCCCAGAAAACUACUGCUGAGCGGCUUCUCCUCUUCUUCCUUCCCUCCACGAGCUUAGCUCCGCCACCACCCUCUUCUUUAAGAAGCAACAGGAAGGAAAACGAACCACACCACUAUUGUCAGUCCCAGAGAAGAAGAAAUCAAACACCCAUAUUUAUUAUUACGAUUAUAUAGUUUUGGUGUCAGAUCCUAUCAAAUUUUGAUCAAAAUCACGACUUAAAGUGCUAUUUAUAGAGGUCAUACUUUACUGAUUUGGAUGGACUGAUAUGUAUAGUUGAGGUAAAUAAGAAUAUGGGUGGAGCAGUUUUGUGCCACAAAAGGAUUUCAAUGUAUGUACAUCGGCAGUAGACCCUUUGGUUUCCACAUUUUACUUUAAAAAUGGUUCAGGGAUUAUAUAACACAAACCCUGUUGUUUAUGAAAGAAAGGAACGCUGCAGACGUUACUUGGUAGUGCCUGCUGAUGUUGAUGAACACUCUAUUGACCCUAUCGAUCAACUAGAAGUUUUUGAUCAUAUCAGAGAUAUAAAAGAUCCAGAGUAUCCUUAUUCCUUGGAAGAACUGAAAGUUGUCACGGAGGAUUCUGUUGAAAUAAAUGAUAGUCAUAGCCAUGUCAGGGUCACAUUUACUCCUACAAAAGAAGGUUGCCCUAUGGUUUCAACUAUUGGACUUUGCUUACGUGUAAAACUUAUGCGCAGUCUACCUUCUCGUUACAAGGUGGAUGUUAGGGUGGCACCAGGGACUCAUGCAAAUGAAGCUGCAGUAAACAAACAAUUGAAUGAUAAAGAACGGGUGGCAGCAGCAUUGGAAAACCCUGGCUUGGGACAGAUGAUUGAUCAGUGUUUGGCUCCUACUUACGAAUGAAUUGGAAAGAAAACGUCUAUGAUAUAUGGAAUUUCGAACAGUUGAAGUUUGUCAGAAAAAUUAUUCUUGUCUGCACAGGUUCUUUAGACAUGUAAUUAGACGGUUCUUAAUGCUAGUUUACUCCAGCAUGGUAGAUAUAUGGAUAUGGUGUGUUCCGUGGGCACAAAACGUGCCACCAUUAUUACUCUGGAAAUGUUAUAACCAUUCUGGAUACAGUAUGAUGAGUGUUUUAAAUGCUGAGAUCAUCAGCAAAUAUUCAAGAUGUUUCAGUUAACAUUAGAAUCUGGUUCUGCCUAGAAUAGCGAAACAAAGCAAGAGUCUGUAGCCAAAGGAUUUCCUUGAUGAGGAAAUAAUUUUGAGAUGGAGGAACCAAGGUGGCUGGACUCCAGGUAAGGAUUUCACCAUCUGCUGUAACAAUGUAUGCAUCUGGGUCCAAUUCAGCGCCCUGUUGGGCAUCACAUCGAGUUUUCCUCGCAAUAAUUACAGCUUCCACCCUCUUCUUCAGACAAUAUUCGAGUUCCAUUUCCAGCUUCCUUGGCAUCCGAUGAUGUUGCGGCUGUACUACAGUGAUGUCGGCUCAAAUUUACUACAGCGGCAGCCUAAUAUAUUUAUAGCGAAGGAUUGGUAAUAGUCCUUCUAAAUGAUAAUAUAGUAUCUGUUGAAGUGCUAGCUGCUCUUUCAGUUUAACAGUAGGAAGAAACCAGAGUAGCAUUGUACCUUGCCGACAAAAGAAGUACAAUGCACCGAACAUAGGUCUAAUCAUUACCUGAAAUGAAAUUUCAGCUCUAAAGCAAUGCGAUAAUAAUCUCUGAAGGAUUCAUUUAGCUUGAUACGAUAGUCAAAAGCACAUUAUACGUAUAUAUGUAUAUGCUACCUCUGUUUCGAAUCC